AUGGAGCCAUCUGUUGUCCGUCCUCGUCCAAUCUGGAAGUCUACUCGGCCCAAUGACCCAGCAGGAACCAGCUCUCCGAAUAAGAACACAUCGACAUCGCAGAGGACUGAUCGUCUGAGCUUCGAAGUUCAAGUCUCAGCCACUGUGGUCACGGUCGGCGGAGUAAUACUCGAAGAUUCAGACCUCGCAACAAACCUGGCAAGUUCUAAGAUGAAGGACUACUUUCCGGAAACACAGGCCAAUGUCAACGUGGUUGUGCUUGUCUCGACUGGAGCGUCUGGCAGCGAUCCUAGGGACCGUCUACGAUGCUUGUUGGAGGUGCAGAUGCUACUCCUCGAAUAUCGGCCGCUGCCUGUGCUGGUAGUAGAUUGCGUCGCAGAAGGGGAGGCAGCGGUGCGCCGACAGCUUUCGAACAGCUCGACAACGCUGCCACCAGAGAGAUCACCCACAGCGCUGAUAGCUCACGCCACGGCGUCGGCUCCUGCCAAAAAGCUCUGGCAGCAGGAUGCAGCUAGCCUCAACAGUAUCUUCACAUCUGUUAAGGAGCUGGAGACGGGCACCCGAACAGCAGAGGGGCGGGCACUUAUUCAUGACUUCUUGGAUCCUAGCACAGCCCGAGAUGUGAUCGACUUCUGGGAGGACGAAUACCUCGCGAUGUAA